AACAACACCAUCAUACAUCGACAUCGUCAGCAUCAAUCUUGACAACACCAGACAUGACCGCAGUCAUGGAUAUUGGCGCUAUUCUCGAGAAGGCCCCUCGUCCAUUAGUCUACGGCACUUCCUUCGUAGGACUUUUCUUCAUCGCCCGCUUUUUCAUCAGCUACAUUCGACUGCUGCUCAGCUUAUUCGUCCUGCCAGGAACGAAUCUCCGCAAAUACGGCAAGAAAGGCACCUGGGCAGUAGUAACCGGCGCCUCCGACGGCCUCGGAAAAGAAUACGCCAUCCAGCUCGCGCAAAAAGGCUUCAACCUGCUGCUCAUCUCGCGCACUGCCUCGAAACUCGAGACGCUCUCCUCCGAAAUAAAGACCAAGUAUGCGGGCUCGAAUAUCGACGUGAAGAUCCUCGCUAUGGACUUCAGCAAGAAUGAGGAGGGCGAUUAUGCGAAGUUGAAGGCGCUGGUUGAUGGACUUGAUGUGGGAAUUUUGAUUAAUAAUGUCGGGCAGAGUCAUGCUAUCCCUGUGUCGUUUAUUCAGACGCCGAAGGAGGAGAUGAGGGAUAUUAUUGCGAUUAACUGUGUUGCCACACUCCACGUGACGCAGAUUGUUGCUCCUGGUAUGGUGCAAAGGAAACGAGGACUGAUUCUUACGAUGGGGAGUUUUGGCGGGUGGUUGCCUACGCCGUUACUGGCUACGUAUUCGGGCAGCAAGGCAUUCUUGCAGCAGUGGUCUACGGCGCUAGGUGGGGAGUUGGCGGGCAGUGGGGUAGAUGUCGAGCUUUGCUUGAGCUACUUGGUUACGACUGCUAUGUCGAAAGUGAGGAAGACAAGCAUGCUGAUCCCAAAUCCGAGAGCGUUCGUCAAGGCUGUACUGGGAAAGAUUGGGAGGAGUGGCGGAGCGCAGAAUAUGGCCUAUACGAGUACGCCGUUUGCGGGGCAUGCGUUGAUGCAGUGGUGGUUGGAGAACACGGUGGGGAUUGGGGGGAAGAUGGUGGUGGUGAAGAAUAAGGAGAUGCAUCAGGGAAUCAGGAAGAGGGCUUUGAGGAAGGCGGAGAGGGAAGCGAAGAAAGCUUGAGGGGGAAUGAAAUCAAGGGAAAUGUGGCCCAUUGGGGCGGAUUGUUCUGUUGGUGAAAGCGAUGGGAAAUGCUGUAUAUGGACAACCCAGAGGAGAGGUCAUCGGAGAAUAGGGACUGCAUGGUGGUGGCAUUGCUUAUAACAGCUUAAUACCUCAUCUGGGUAUAGAAUAGAAGCAAGUAAUGUAUGCAUUGAAACACCUUCGAAGAGUGUGAUUGCCACAGGCUCAGGAGUUGAAAUUGACUUCUCGGUGAAAGAGAAGGCGCAGACAAGAACAAC